AUGAUGUAUAAAAAGCCAGACUGGUAUAAAUAUUUUACUCCUGUUGCUUCAGUGACAAGAACACAUUGUGUACUUGAAUGGCCUGAGUCAAAUUUCGCGUCUGAAUUCCCUGUGUUUUGUCCUACUCAUGGUUGUUUAAGUCAAUGUCAUAGGAAAACUAAUGAGGGUGGUGAUGAUGAUGAUGAUAAAGUUAAUCUGACCAAAUCGAAUAUCAAUGGAAAUGGUGAUGCAAAACUUGAAAAUGAUUCAGAUAAUAAAAUUAUUGAAAAUAUUUUAAGAAAUAUUUGGAAGAAUGAGUUAUCAAACUAUUUGAAAAACUUUUAUUCUACUGGAAAUGCAUCUGAUGUAUUAAAAAGACGCCAAGAAUGCUUUACCGGAAAGCCAGCAACCUCAUCACCACUUUGUAUAUUAACAUAG